CAACUCCCUGGGAGGCAGGCGCAGCCGACUGGCGGGUGUUGAGAACCGAGCGGCGGCGAGCAGGCGGCAGGCAAUUCCCGCGUGUCUGCAGGACCCCGGUGGCCGCAGCGGGCGCCAAGCAGCUUUAAGAAGAAGUAGAAAUCACAUCUUCCUGUACUGAAUAGUAAAAGUGAAGUGACUUCCCACACUGCAAAUCAUGGCGCUGCCGUUCCGGAAGGACUUAGAGAAAUACAAGGACCUAGAUGAAGAUGAGCUUCUUGGGAAUCUGUCAGAAGUAGAACUGAAACAACUGGAAACGGUUUUGGAUGAUCUUGACCCUGAGAAUGCCCUUCUGCCUGCAGGGUUCCGUCAGAAGAACCAGACAUCAAAGUCCGCCACAGGGCCCUUUGAUAGGGAACACCUCCUUUCAUAUCUGGAGAAGGAAGCAUUGGAGCAUAAGGACAGGGAAGACUAUGUGCCCUACACUGGAGAAAAAAAAGGGAAAAUAUUUAUCCCCAAACAGAAACCUGUACAGACUUUUACAGAAGAAAACAUAGCUCUGGAUCCAGAGUUAGAAGAAGCUUUGACAAGUGCUUCUGAUACAGAGUUGUCUGACCUUGCAGCUAUUCUUGGAAUGCACAGUUUGAUAACAAAUACGCAGUUUUGCAGUAUAGUGGGAAGUAGUGAUGGUGUUGACCAAGAACAUUUUUCAAAUAUAGUAAAAGGUGAAAAGAUUCUUCCAGUGUUUGAUGAGCCACCAAAUCCAACCAAUGUUGAAGAGAGUUUAAAGAGAAUUAAAGAAGAUGAUGCUCGGCUUGUUGAAGUUAAUUUGAACAACAUCAAGAACAUUCCAGUUCCAACCCUGAAGGAUUUUGCAAAGGCUUUGGAGACCAACACUCAUGUGAAGUACUUCAGUCUUGCUGCCACCCGGAGCAAUGAUCCCGUUGCUGUUGCUUUUGCAGAGAUGCUGAAAGUGAACAAAACUUUGAAGAGCUUAAAUAUGGAGUCCAACUUCAUUACAGGAGCUGGGGUCCUCGCACUGAUUGAUGCUUUAAGAGACAAUGAGACCCUGGCAGAGCUCAAGAUUGACAAUCAGAGGCAACAGUUGGGAACAGCUGUAGAAUUAGAAAUGGCCAAGAUGCUUGAGGAAAAUACAAAUAUUCUUAAAUUUGGAUAUCAGUUUACACAGCAAGGACCCCGAACCAGGGCAGCAAAUGCUAUAACAAAAAACAAUGACUUAGUGCGCAAGAGGCGAGUUGAAGGAGACCACCAGUAAGUCCACCAAUGUGCAACCUUUGGAAGACUUCAGAGGAUCACCAGUAGCCCAUAUUGGUGACAUCUGAUGCAAAAUUUUCCUGGGUACAAGGGAAAAGACUGGAAAUGUUUUUUUGUUUUUUUAAGUAUAUUCAUUAUUUUCCUAGUUUAAGUUGUUACCAGUUUCAAACUGUAAAAUCAAUAGUAGGUGAUACUUUAUAUUUUAAAGCAUUCCCAAUUUGUACUAAUAACAGUUUUAAUUUAGUUUAAUUGAAUGGGCAAACAGAUAAAAUUGUAAAAAAGUUUCGGAAGUCAUUCCUCUUGAAUAACUUGGACAUUUUGAAGGUCAGUCUUUUUUUAAAUCAACAGUAGACAUUGGUAAUUCAAAAUUACGCUCCUCGUAGGCCAAAGGCACUUAGACGCGUUCUUUAUCCCGUAACCUGGAACCUUUUCCAUGUUUUAGAAUACGUGAACUUGGCAAGGGUAUAUUUCUUAUCAAGGACACAAAUUUUGACUCAAAUCUGGUGGCGUGUUCAGGAACCAGAGUGGACCUCCAGGAGAGAACAUAGUCCUCUGCAUUGUGGGUGAUGCACUUGUCUGGUGUGUCUCAGCAACAGCUAGGGUUUGGUUUUGUUUUUCAAUAGUCAUCAGCUCCGAUGGGUUAAAAUAUAGUUGUGUCUAAGUUUGUUGCAGUUUUUCAUUUUAAUGUGGGCAUUAUAAAUUUUCCUAAAAGCUACUGGUAGAAAUUGUCUUAAGUAGAAAAGCUGUUUUCUUCCAAUAAAAAGGCACUUGGCCAAGUCUCAGUUAUUUAGGGUGGGGAAAAAAAAAAAAGCUGCUGUUGAACACAUGAAAUCAAAGAUAAACAUGAUGGAGUUCAAGUGUAAAGAACUUGCAAAAUGGUCCCUUACAUUGAGGGGUACUGUAACUAAACUAGAACGCUGGCACGUGCAUGAGUUACCUGGUGUUGCACAGUGUGGUAAGAAGUUCCGCAUAGGCAGUACAGAACCCCGACUGCACUUUGUCCAUCCAAUCAUGAAAACUGCUAUUCUUCAGAAAUCAGAUUUCAGUAAAUGAUCCUGUCCUUCUUGUACCUUUUCAUCCAUAAUUUCUAUAACAAAAGUGGUCUUUAUCCCCUGAAUAUUAAGGCAGACACUUGAAAGUGUACUGUGGCGGGAGGAGGGUGUGCGACUGUACGCCCAAUGCUGAACAGAGGAUUUGGAUUUAUUUUCGUGCUCUUAUCUCAGGGCAGACCCUGCAGCAGGAGAUGGCAGGGCCUUCACAGCUGCAAAGACAGGAGGAAAGGAUCCAGGAACACUGCCCUCCAGUGUUGAGGCCUAUCUGGGAUCCUUUACAGAAAGAUAUUUUUGAGUAGGAAGGAGGCAGUUUAUUGUAAAUUUUAUAAUGGAAUUGCAAGAAGUCUGCUACGUUGGCUUCAGCCAGUUUAUCUCAUGAGCUACACAAGGUUCUUGUAUACUGUGGUAAGGAGCCGUAACAGGCUAAAGCUUCCUUCAUAAGAACUAUAUUUGUUUUUUUUUUAAAUCAGAAUCCAGUGUUUCAAAUGGGCCAAAGAUUAGCUUUGCACUAUUCCCUUCCAGUUAAAAGUCACUGUUUUUUUUUUUUUUAAAUCAAGUCAGCAAGGCUUCGAUUGCUUGCUUUCUUGCCUACCUGCCUUCCUUCUCGCUCUCUGUAUUUCUGUCCUUCCUUUUUCCCCUUCCUCUCUUUUUCUUCUCAUAUACAACUUUCAAAUUGUACUUGGUUUUAUAGAGAAGAGACUGCAUAGUUCUAGCAAGGCUUGGAGUCAGGCUGGCGGAGUGGCUCAAGUGUAGAGGGCCUGCCUCCCAAGUGUGAGGCCCCGAGUUCAUCCAGUACCACAAAAAAAAAAAAAAAAAGUUUGGAGUCAGGCAUAGAGCAGAUAUCUAAGGCUACCAGAAAUAAGUUGCUACUUAAAAAAAAAAGCAUUGGUCACUUAAUCUUGCUGCCAGGCUUCCUCGUUUGCAUCACCCUGCACAUCACUUGAUGAGUCUGCUUCCCUCCUCCCACAGGUUUUGUCUGAAAAUAAGGUGUGACCCUACGUAGAAUUUGGUAUCAUACUUACGGGAAUAUCUUUUUCAUUUUAUUCUUUAUCAAACUAUGAAUAAGUUGAAUAUUUUGCUUAUACCAUUCUGGUUCUGUGCUGCAAUAUGUAUUUGAAGAAAAGAUUUCUGUAUAAGUAACUUCAAGUCUGAACACUCAUCCAGUUGAAUAUACAGAAUCUUUCAAAGAAUUGCAAUUGUAAGGGAGAAUAACAGUGUUUACUUUGAUCAUUAAAAAUCUUGCACCUCAUAAACUCUUAGUAACUCAGUAUUUCUCACUUGCUCUAAGAUUUUUAUAGUAGAGUGAGUAAAUUAGAGUUUUGAGAUACUCUUUAAUUCUUAAAACCAGAGAUUUGAUUCUUUUUGUUAUUGUUGAGACAGUGUCUCACUAUGUAGUCCAGGCUGGCCUGGAACUUGCUAUUGCUGUGUAUCCUAGGCUGGCCUUGAACUCAUGAUCCUCCUGCCUUAGCCUCCCAAGUGCUUGGAUUCCAGGCAUGUACCACUACACCCAGCCUUAAUCCAGAGACUUUCUAAAACUUUUUUGCAGUCCAACCAAUUUAAACUUAAUCUGGUUAUCUAAGAGAAUAUUCUUUGCAUUUUUAAAUUGCUUUUUUUUAAAAAACUUUUAAUUAUCCAUUUUAUAAAAUUAUGUAUUUAUAUUUGUCUGAAGUCCGAAUUAUUUCUGUAUUUCUGUUAAAUAGUACAUAUUAAAAACUUAGUAUCAGUGCCUAAUAUUAAUACUCUGAAAAUGGAUUUGGGUGCUAUGUACUUGUAGCUAAAGCCUACUAAAUGUCUACAGAAUAAUUAACAUACAUUUUCUAAGGGUGCCUGUCAUUUAAAAGACCAAAUAAACAUUUGUGUUACAUAAAUUAGCAGAUUGUUAGCAAUUUCAAGAAGAAUCAUUUUUGUCAUUAAUGUGAGUAAAGUAACCCACAUUUUUGCUUUGUGUAAAAGGUACAGUCUGGAAAAGUUACAUGUGAAUAACCUUCCAGAAUUGUGCUCCACUUGAUAAAUUCUCUGAUGUUUUCCUUUAAAAGGGGGAUUCCAUGAUAUAAUAAAUUUAUAAAAGGAAAAUGUUUUGAUAAAAUGUUACUCAUGUUCUAUUGUACAUUAUAUUAAUCUUUGUUGCCAUUAAAAUAAGGUGAGAAAAAUUCAUGAAGUUUCAUAAAAUCUUACGCUCCCAGGGCUGCCUCACUUUUUCCAUUAGGUCAGGGAGCAAGCACUGUUACCUCCCAGGAGAUCUAAGUGUACGCUUUCUCUGGAAUCCUGGCCACUGCCAUUUUCUGCCAGUUCAUUACAGUCCAGCUCCUUCCCAGCAGUGCACCUUCACUUUUGGAAGUGAAGACAUGACUCCUAGGAGAACUGAACUUACAGGAAUACUAGAAAUGGCUGUAGCUGCUGCUGGACAGGGGGUGUGGGCCUUGGAUCUAACAUCUAUACAGUAGUCCUCUCUCUGCAGCUCUCACCAGUCGUUACCGUUUCUAAAGAGCUUUCUAAGACUUGCUUACCAAACAAAUCAAAGAAACUUCACUACUCUUAAAUUGAGAUGAUGCCAUCCAUAGGCAAAGGUUUGUAUAUUAAAUCACAUUUUAAUUUGGUAAUUCUUUAUGUCUUAAUGAUUUUUGUCCAUUCAAUUCCAUAUGUCCUUCCCUAUAAAAAUUAAAUAAUGAAAAUUUUUAUUAUAAUAAAACAUUUGUAACAUUUUAUUAAUUUUAAACUCCACCUUGCAGUCUGGUCAUUCAUGAGGGCCAACCUUGGGGGCUACCUAGGAAAAAGGACAUUACUAAGUAAAUUAUUGUCAGCUUCACCACAUUAUUUAGAAAAGUUUGAUUAGCAUGUAAAGAACUGGGAUGGGGACACGUGCUUUAGAGGCUGUGUAGUUACAGAAAGAAACCAUCAGCCAUGUUUUGUUAACUAUAGUAAGUUCACACAAACUCUUCAAGAUAACCCCUGUCCUUAUAGUCUGCAUGCAAAGGUUUUACUCCUUUUCCUACAGACUGUCAGUGUGUUUUAAUUGAUAAAAGCAAAUAACUGGCAUAAAACCUUUCAGAUAUAAUUUAUACAAAGAGUAAGUUUAAGAACAAAUUCUAAAAAAAAAAAAAAAUUUCCAGGUAGGUUUCUUUUGUUUUUGUUGUUGGUGGAACUGGGUUUGAACUUAGGGCUUUGCACUACAAAGCAGGCAUUCCACCACUUGAGCCACACCUCUGUCCAUUUUGCUCUGGUUAUUUUGGAGAUGGGAGUCUCAUGAACUAUGUGCCCUGCUGGUCGUGAAUCUUACCUCUCCUGAUCUCAUUCUGCCAAGUAACUCAGGUUGCUGGCACAAGCCAUCAGCAGCUGGUUUCUAGGUAUUCCUUGAUGGGUAUGUAUAGCAAUGUUUUAGAGUUUAUUUCACCUCUACUCAGAAAAGUAUUUGUUUGGUUUCAAAACCAGAGUCUUGCUAUGUUGCCCAGGCUGGCCUCCAACUCCUGAUCUCAAAUAAUACUCCUGCUGGAUGCACAUGCCAGCUAAAAGAUAAGUUUUUUAUUCAGUUGUCUCAAAUUUUUAGAUUCAUCUGCUUAAGAAUUGUUUGUUAAAAGUAUACACACAUAGCAUAAAAAUCUUUGUGAUU